UAACUUAAUUCACCAUCGGCAGAGCAAGCCAACGCGCGCAGACGACACUGGAGGGGAGACCGUUGACGCCGAAGUGGCGCAAUACUCAGGGACAGUUGUCGCCGAUGAAGCAUGAUCUCCCUUCUCAGCCAUGGCGUCCUCGGAGGGAUACGCCUAAGCAUAGGCGAGUCAUUAAACGUCCCAGACUCAAACACACGAAUCUCCGGCCCAAGCAAAAGCGCGCAAACGGUGAAAAACAGCGAGCACGUAUUUCGCGAGCCAAAACCGUCAACGGACCGUGCGACAAAAAACAAAUUCUAUGUAGGUGAAACUGCAACACAAAGAAAAAGACGCCUAGAAAAGAAGAGGCAAAAGUAUCGGGAUAAAUUAUUGUCGGAGACUAAAGCUGAGAAGCGUUUGCGAUUGGAAGAACGCCGUGAUAAAAGAAAAGCUGAGUCAACAGAACAACGAGGGGUUCGGUUGUAUCGAGAUCGACAGCGAAAAAGACUAGGACGAUCAGAAACAUUGGAACAAAUACAACGGGGCAAGUUUCAAAUGACACCAAAUCAGCUGAAAAAGAUAUCACUAGACGAAAAUGGUACAUUUAUGUCAGACUUUGAUCCAGAGCGAUCCAAAAGGGAAAUGCGAAAGCUUAACAGAAAAAUACACAAGGAAAAUAAAAAGCUGAAUCAGAUGUAUGAUGAGACUGGAAGACUGCUGGAAAAUUCUUUGGACAUUUGUGACUGUUUGGACAAGGACUGUCCUGGGUGCCACUUUCCUUGUCCAAAGUGUGCAUCGGAAAAGUGUGGUGCUGAAUGUCGAAGUGGACGUCGCUGGACCUACGAACAGGUGGAAGUUGAAGGAACUAAUUUGGUCUUUAAGUGGUCUAGUACCACUGCUUCCUAAUCAGGUUCAUCUUUGCACCAAACUGGCAGCAUGACUAUUGUUUUAAAUGUGAUGGAUUAUCA